AUGGAAAUCGACGACGAGGCCGAAAUCAUGCUCAAAUCUGUAAUUCAGCCGUGUUUCGAGGCUGUUACGCUCGUCGAUACCUGGGACGUCGACACCCCGGACUCAAGCCUACCUGUCCACGAGACGUUUCCAUUUUUCUCGAAAUUCCCCAACGAGAUAAAAUGUAUGGUCCUCGAACAGAUGCCGAGAGUUGAUUUACUCAACAUUCGUUACACUUGCAAGAUGUUGAGUGAACUUGCAUUGGACGCACUGGUUACGCGGGACUCAACGAGGAGAGCCCCACAGUUCCUGUGGUGGGCUGCCCUCUUCGCUACCGAUCAAGAAGGCGUCAAGAUGAUCAAACGUUUCAACACACGCAAGGUCAAGGCGGCCAGUGUCAAUACAAUUUAUUGUACCAAGGAUCGUUACUGCACCGCCCUUCACCUUGCGGCUGCCAGAAACGCCCUCCCCAUCGUCGAAGCCCUACUCGAGAUUGGGGCUGAUGUGCAUGGCACAUCACGCAACCUGGAGUCCAUCCUGAUGGAAGCGCUUGGGCCUCGGUUUGAGAUUUCUGGACAUCUCAGAUCCAUGAUCCAAGACAAAGCCAGUCUAGACUGCAUUUUGCAGAGUUCGUGGCAGCCACUCUUUGUCCCGGCCGUGCUUGGUUCCUAUGGCGUCCAGAAAAUCUUGCUGGACAAGGGAGCCUCUGGUUGCUUGACGUCGCCUGUCAAUAAAAGUAACUUGCCCGUUAUCGGGAGCUCUCUUUUGAGGCCCAAGCCUGGCUCGAUGUUACUUACGCUACUCCAUUUGCCGAGCAUACUGGUGGUGAUGAGCGUCAUUUCCCUCGAAGUCAGUCACCGUCUACACCUGGCCAAUUUCCAAUGCCCCGGCUCUGGGUUUACGCCUCUUCAUCUGGCUGUCCUGAACGGGAACCAUCGCGCGAUCGGAUUUAUGGUCGAGCAAGGAUGUGCCGUUAACGCUGUUGACCGUUCGGGCGGAUCCCCGUUGUUUCGAGCCGCUGAGAUGGCCGCAGCCCACCCUCGUGGGGACUUCCGCAAAAAGGCCUUCGAAGCCCUUGAGGGCUUGGUCACCUGCAACGCCGACCUCAACCAACAUCACGCAGGAGUCCAGGGUGAGACUGUGUUGAUCAGGUUGGCUUUUCUGGUUCGCCACCACUGGAGACGACGCCACGCUGAUAUCAAACGAGUCAUCGAGUAUUUGAUCCGGUCUGGAGCCAGUGUCAACGAUCGAGACAAUUUCGGUUCCACCAUGUUGAGCGUCUUCUGCAAAGCGGUCAAGGCAUCGAAAGGGAACCGAAGUAUUGAGGCCUACUUCUUUCGACUGGUCAAUGUCUUCGGCGCCGACCCCAACUUACACUCCAUGCCGCCCGCCGGGAACGUAACCCGGAGCCUGGUCGGAAUGUCCAUUGAGCUUGACAGCAUCCACCGAUUCACCACUGCCCUCGACCAAGCCGGAAUGAGACUUCUAUCUCAUGAAGUCGAUCAUGUUUUCGAUCUCUACGUACGUGUCGCGCACUAGAACUCGCGGUACGAUAUCGUGGGGCACCACGGAAACAGCCUCAGUCAACAACAGGUCGAUCGAGCCUUUUCCACUCUUCUGACCACCGACAAAAGAGACGGCGAAGAAAGGUUUACCACCCUCAGAAACAGGUUUUCCG